GCGAAGCCGGCCGCGGCAGCAGCCAGGACUCGGACGCGGAAACCUUCGUGAGCCAAACAGCAGCAGCGGAACGCCUUCGAAGGAGAGUGGUGCAGAAGCGGGACGAGGUCGAGUGCUCGAAAAGUACAAGGCCAGCUUCCUGCAGGAACUGCAGCUGUUCCACGGCCGGAAUGCGAUGAGAGGUAGGAAUGUGGAUUCGCACCGGUUGUAUUGGGUGGUGGUGGCCUGGGAUUGGUGGUUAAAGGCCGAUUCGCGUGAGGACUUGGGCGAGAUCAUUGAGGAGAUGGCGCCGCCGAAGCGUUGCGUGAACUACGAGAUUGCGUUGAAGAAGAUUAACUUCCGGUUUUUGGACAAGUACGCGAAAGUUUAUUUUCACGAUGGGCCUCCGACGAAGAGGAGGACGACGAAAAGCUACAUAAUCGGAGCAACUUCCCGCCCACAAACACUCACGUCGCGACGGCGCAGCUUCAGCCGAAUGAAUCUGGACAGUGAGCCAAAAAAAAUCUGUGUCAUUCUCGAAGUAGGAUUACGUGCUCAAAAUCGAACUCCGUUCCGAAGGCCUCCUCAACUCCAUGUUCCGGAUGCGCUUCCAGGGUCGGGAACUCCCCGUUCAGGCACUUUACUUUCCAGCCGGGAAACGUCGACCACCCUUCCCGAAUCAAUGGCCAACUCCUCCAAGACUGUCCUGAUUGAGGCCGGAAACGUGACCAUCGUGUUACACUGCUGUCGCGCGUCGAAGCCUCCAUCCGGAACCGUCCAGCCUGGGGUAUUCGGAAGUGACCGGUGGCGUACCGUAUGAAGCAGAAGCUAGUGGAGAAGCGUUAAAUACAAAAAAAAAGUGUUUUCCUAACAUACUGUUUAUUUUUUUUUACAUAAAUGUAAAAAACCAAGCACAUUUUUCUGAAAUUAUCCCUGUAGUGCUAAAUGUUGUUUAUUCUUGCCAUAAAAGGUUUCUUUUCCAAUUAAAAGUAAAAUAC